UGAAACAGUAGGUUUUUGGUGACUUGGCUCCUCUGUUGUUUGACAAUUUGUAAGCGUGUCAUCUGAGUAUUACUUAGUAUUAAUCCAAUAAUAGAAGUUACUCCAAUUCUGAUUCGAUUUUGAAUUAAAAGAAGGAAAAUCAGCAAUAAUGUCUGGACAGUGGGAAGUUGUUGGUAAGAAGAAGGACAAAUCCAAUAAGAAUAAUGGCAGCAAUAGCAACAAAUCCAAUAAGGAGAGUAACAAUAGGCAGAUGAUGAAAGAUAUUAAAGUGGAAGAAGUCUUACCCAUGUCCAAAUUGAAUAAACUGUAUGGUCAAGGAAAAAGCAAUAAGGAGAACCAGAAGCCUCAGGCACCGAAACAAAAACCAGUGGAGAAUGGUGCUGCAAAGAAGAAGAAGCCUGAUAAUAAACCUCAGCAACCCCCAAAACCAAAGCCUGCUAAGUCUAUAGAGGGUGCUUUAAGUGCUUUAAAUGCUGAUGAAUUUAGAGAUGUAUUUGAAAAUAACAAAGCUCUCUUCCCAGAUACACCAAUUGUCUGGUUGAAAGAGAUGGCUCAAUUUUUGAACAAACGAGUAGUGCCUAUGGAUAAUCAUGAUCCUACAUUUAGCAAUAAAAUGGAACUUUAUCCCUUGUCAGUGAUGCCAAAUGCACUGAGAUCUAUAAUUGAAAAGGCUGUGAAUGAAAGUAAUCCAAGCAAUGUAAAUCUAUUUUUUGAUAUUAGUUUAACCACAAUGGCAACAGAAAUGAACAAGGAUGCACCAGUAUUGGGUCACAAAUUUUUUCUACAAUAUAUUGCAACAAAGGAUCCUAAAAUGCUUUUAAACAAAUUGAAUGCAUACAAUACACUUAAAAACUCAUACCAGAACAGACAGAAUAUUGGUUUGUCCAUCUUGUGGGCUCUUGGUCAAGCUGGUCUUAAAGACUUCAGUGUUGGACUUAAAGUAUUCCAUGAAGUCAUGUAUCCACUUAUGGAAAUGAAGAACUAUUCAAAAUAUGUUACAAAAUACUUGAUAAAUUUGAUAAACCGUCCGGUCGAAGGAAGCUCGUUGCAAAAGGAUCAAUAUUUAAAUAUACUGGAUGUAAUCCACGGAUCAAAGAAGAAUGUGCCAAGUGAAUUAGUUAAGGAACUCAAUGAAUCUGCAUCUAAAUUGAACGAUCUUCUCUUAUUGAGCGUCAAAGGCGAUAAAUAUCAUACUUUGGUUGAACCGAUCCUCAAGAAAUUAGGAACGACCACCGAGAAUCAAUCUUAUUCGAAUCAAUUGUGCGAAAUUUUAGUUGCUUUAAUGGAGCGUGACCAAACUAGCUUAAAUUCUUGGAGCAAACUUUAUUCUAAGAAUUUGGUAGCCAGCGCUUCAUUACUAGAACAUAUCGAUACGAAUUGGAAGCCGUUCUCUAAGAACGUCGAUCUCAAGAGCCUUAAGAACGCGAUGGUUUCUUUCUCUGCUGAGAACGAAGAAAUGCUAACCAAGAAACGCAAAGAUGCUGGAUUAUUGAAAGCAGAUGAAUACGUACAGAAAAUCAGCAAAAAAAUGGUGAACAAGAAGAAGGACUCAACCAGCUUCCUGAGGAAGAGUUCUGUGGUGCUCACAAUCCUUUUAUGCAUUGCUGUUACUCUGGAUCUGAAACAGCAAGGAAGUUGGGAAAAAACAGCAAUUGGUAAAGCUCUGAAUAAGACUGGAGUGGCUGAUUGCACAAAUAUGGUGCUAUUCAGGGCAAAGGAGUGUACUGUUUGGAUGCAUCGUCAUAUUGAAGAGCAAUUCCCAGGUGUAACUGAAGCUACUGUUGAAUUUACAACACCAUACAUAGAGUUGGGUCGUGACCUGCUAAUCCUUUUCAACAAAUUCUAUUUAAAUCAAGUUGAGAAUUUUAAGGCUCGCAUACCAACCUUAUUAGCACAAAUUGACAAAUAUUGUCCAGGUUCUAUUGACCAGGUUGUUUCAACUGCAAACAAUGCUUUCAAAGUAGUAUGUGACCAUUAUGAAAACGUCAAAGCUUAUUUGCUCAAGGAUGUAUUUGUCGGUAAAAUGGCUCCAGAGAGAAUGCAGAAAGUCCUUCAUGAUAACUUCAUUUACAGUGUGGAGAAAAUGCAGGAAUAUUACCAGUGGGUCUACCAAAAAAUCAUGACUGCCAUUAAAUGAUUCGCUCGCACUUAUUAGGUUUAUUUAAUUCUAUCAUUAUUUUAUAUUAAUAUAUUUUUUAAUUGAUUCCCCUUCCCCCAGCUAUGUGACUAUUAAUAUACAGUUUUUCUACUUU